AUGCCCGUCUUCAUCGCGUCUCUAUUUCUCCCCUACACCAUAGAUUUCAGGACAGCGGGCUCGAGGAUUGAUCGUCGCAGAUCCUCGCUCAGCCAUGGAGCCGUCGACGGCUCUAACUCUGGUCCCAUUGUCGGUCGCCUCCCUCGCCUCCGAUCUGGCAGCAUAGCGUUAACUCCCGGAGCGACGACUGAAGACGAGAAGAUCUUCAAGGGUUACGCAUCACGGUCGGCGAGUGAGAUUUCCGUCGCUGAUGACCCCAAAGGGCCUGGUCCCAGCGAACCUCGUGCAGUCCCCUGGGGUCGCAGUAAUAGGUUCAACCAGCCCCGUUCCAAAGCAACUACCCACCCAGAGCCAUCCAUCCUAAAUCGUCCCCAUUCACGGCCAGACUGGAGGGAUGGUUUCAUGGAUGGCACAACCGGUCGGCUACCUACGGAUGAGGCAGAGAGUCCUCGCGCAGUGCUUUCCGCGGUGGACUGGGCAGUCAAGGCUGCAGAGCAAGGUCAUGGCGGCCUGCAGAACGCCAUACAUGCUGCCGAGGAAGCGGGGGUCCUGCAAAGCAAGAUGUGGGUGGGUACACUGGGCAUGCCAACCGACUCCCUACCAGAACUGGUUCGAAAUGUCAUCGAUGAGACCCUCCGGGACGACUACGAGUCCUUGACCGUCUUUGUGAGCGACAGCGAGUUCGAAGGGCAUUAUGCCCAUUUCUGCCGCUCGGUCCUAUGGCCUGCAUUUCACUACCAAAUGCAAGAAACCCCGCGGCAUACCGACUACGAUGACUACUCCUGGAAACAAUGUCUUAGAGUGAACGGGGCGUUCGCCGACGCAAUCGCUAGUCGCUGGAAACCAGGCGACCGCAUCUGGGUGCAUGACUACCACCUCCUAUGCUUGCCCGCGCUACUGAGGGCUAGGUUGCCUCAUGCUGAGAUUGGCUUCUUCCUGCACACACCCUUUCCCUCGUCUGAGAUCUUUCGCUGCUUGAACGCUCGAGAAGCUUUGUUAGACGGUCUCCUCGGUGCAGACUUGAUUGGGUUUCAGACUGAAGAAUACCGUAACCAUUUCCUGCAGUCGUGCAGCCGAAUCCGAAGGUUGGAGGUCUCAGUCGAUGGCGUCCAGAUCAAUGAUCGGUUGGUUCGUGUCAAAAGCUGUCCCUUGGGGAUUGACUACAAGUCACUCAACCUGCUACGCCAAUCCCUCGAGGUCAAAGACUGGAUCACCAGUAUUACCAACCGGUACAGAGGGAAGCAUUUGAUUGUGGCGCGAGAUCGACUGGACGCUCCUGGAGGAAUCAAGCAGAAGCUCCUUGCAUACGAGCUCUUUCUGAAAACCUAUCACAAAUGGCGGGAAAAUGUUGUUCUCGUUCAAGUUGCGUCGUCGGCCUCCGAGAUUCCUGAGCUAGAAGCGCAGGUGUCCAAAAUCGCGAUGCGCAUCAACUCGGUCUAUUCCACGCUCACUCAUCAACCUCUAGUCCUCCUACAGCAAGAUAUCAGCAACUCGCAGUUUCUUGCGCUUCUCAGCGUGGCUGACAUCUUUAUGGCUACAAAUCUCCGCGAGGGCCUGAACCUAACAAGUCACGACUUUAUUCACUGCCAAGAUGGCGAGCUAGCUUCUCAAAAGCAUGGAUCCUUGAUCUUGAGUGAGUUCACUGGCAGCGCGUCGAUCUUCCAUGGGCAUGAAUUCCUAGUCAAUCCAUGGAACCACAAGCAAUGCGCCAAUGCCAUCAACAAGGCCCUGGAGAUGUCGCCGGAAGAAAAACAACGCAACUGGCAAUAUCUGCUCGAUCGUAAAUCUCCGUACACCGCACUGGCCUGGUUCUCAAAUCUCCAGGUCGCCCUCACAGAAUCUCACAGCCUGCAACAGUCACGUCACACACAUACCGUCUCUCCACUCCAACUAGAAACCCUCCUGACAACUUACAAUGCAGCCAAAUCUCGCCUUCUAUUCCUGGAAGACGGCGCCCUUUCCUCCCUGUAUAACUCAAACACACCCGAACCCUCCGUUGAAACAACUGAUAUCCUACAAGAAUUAGUCCUCGAUCCGAAGAAUACUGUCUACGUAACCAGCAGUCACAGCCCCAACCAGCUCGAUCUUACAGUCAAAACACUCCCACGUCAAAUUGGUUUCAUCGCAGAAAACGGCUGCUUUUCCAAACUCGCCAACACAGACGAGUGGAAAGCUCUAGUCAACGUUGAUCGUACCCACAACUGGCGCGCCAGUGUCCGAAAGGUAAUGGAAUAUUUCCACGAACGCACUGAAGGCAGCGCCAUCGAAGAGCGCCGGUGCUCACUGACCUUCCAUCAUGAAAACGCUAUCCACCAGGAUGUAGCAGCCCGCCGGGCGUCCGAAUUAGCGGAUCAAAUCAAUGGAGCACGAGGCAGCGAAACAAUCCGGGUUGUUCGCGACGCUGGCGCCGUCAGUGUGGAGCUAUUUCAUGCAUCCAAAGCUGUUGCAGCCUCCAUGAUUCUGGAUCAGAAAACUGGUGGACGCUUACCGAACUUUGUCUUCGUGGCUGGUGGUGCGAGGGCUGACGAGGCUUUGUUUCGGUGGGCUAAUCGCUUGACGCUUCCUUCGUUCAGUUUGUCUACUCCAGUCACUUCCGCAGUCACUACUUUGGCAACUGGUACGCGUUCCACCGAAGCGAGAGCUGUCUUGCCGGAUGGCUGGUCCCUCUUGGACGUGUUACGGUCACUGCUGAGCCCGGAUCAGGCGGCAGAUGGUGAGGAUGAUGGGUCUUAUGUUAUGGUUGAUGACUAG